CUUGUCCCAUGGUUAGGGCACUAACAUCAGUCAAACCAGGGAGUUCAGUCUUAUCUGUCAAAUGACUGAUUUCUCCUUCUCAACAUACAGAACAUCUCACUGGUCUAUGCUGCUGGGCAUAAGGGCUCCUUAAGAAAUCAAGUCCAUUCCUUCACUGGCCUUGCAACCUUCAUCUUUGGGAUCCCAGCAUCUGCUGAAGACCUGCUGAGACAUCCAGCCUCGGGGACUGAGCAACUUCUGGACAUCUCAUUCAUAGCCAGCAUUGUUGGAUUAGCUAGAUCACUGCCUAAUAAUGAUGGCUGCCACACUGGAAGAAGGCUUGUGCAUCAACUUCAGGGAAAUGACAUUUAUUGACAACACACUUUACUUUAUACCUGAAGAUAAUGGAGACCUGAAAUCAGACAACUUUGGCAAGAAUCGAUCUGCAAUCUGUGUAAUACGAGAUAUGAAUGACCAAGUUCUCUUGGUCAUUGGCAAAGAAAAUCAAGCUGUGUUUGAGGACAUGCCUGAUGCUGACCAACGUGCUAAUCCCCAGACCAGACUGAUAAUAAAUUCAUAUACAGAUUAUCACUCAAGGGGAGAAGCUGUGACCCUCUCUGUGAAGCAUAAAAAAAUGUCUAUUCUCUCCUGUAAGGACAAAGGCAUUUCCUUUAAGGAAAUGGAUCCACCUGAAUAUAUCGAUGGUACUAAAAGUGAUCUCGUAUUCUUUCUGAGAAGUGUUCCAGGACACAAUAAGAUGCAGUUUGAAUCUUCAAUGCACGAAGGACACUUUCUAGCUUGCGAGAAGGAGGGUGAUUUUUUCAAACUCACAUUGAAAAAGAAGGAUGAAAAUGGGGAUAAAUCUGUAAUGUUCACCGUUACUAGCUUACCGCAGUGUUAGCUAUUAAGCAUUUUUUUGUACCAGAAAGAUGACUAGAUUACAUGAGCCUUAUGAUAAUCCAUUCUGUGUUGCCAUAGCAAAAUACCUCAGGCUACAUAAUUUAUAAAGCAAACAGGUUCAUUUGU